CGCAGUCGCGUUUCAGAUAUUCGCGGAGGAAUUGCGUCUGGUGAACAUAAUUUUUUAUUGCAGCUGUUAAAAACAAUUUGCCAUAAGUUCGGUUGUCGUUAAAAUUUUUCGUGAUCCUUAGCUGAUCAUCGAGCGCAUACAUUCGUGAUCAACGUGUGAUAUUUCUUCAACUACAAUCUACAGGUAUCGAGUGUUUGCUCUUUGUAAUUUUAGGAAUAUUGAUCAUCUAAUGAAAAGCAGAGAUUUCCGAUUUCGAUUCAGUUACAAAUAGAGAACGUAUUUUGAAAUUGAUCUGCAGAAGAAUAUUGCACGGAUCAUCGUCUUGCGAUAAAGGAUAUAAUUAAUCUAUCACUUAGACAAUUUGUUCGACAAAACGGAAAUGGAUGAAUGGUUUCGUUUGUUUCAAUGACACGGAAUUUCUUCUCAAAAGACGAUUAAGUACAACAUAAAUUUCGGAUGGAUUUAAUACAAUGAACAAUUCGUUUAUUCAGAAUUAUUGCCUGAUGAAUGUGAUGCAUAUUAGACACUUGCCUUUGGUUUGUGUCACGAAGAAUUAAAUUCUUUUUUAGGUGGACAUGGUAACAAUGAAUUCAGAAAAAACGGCAUGUUGCCGGAAAGCAGGUGAAAGCAGUGAUAUUGGUGGAACAACCGAUCGACAAAGGCGUAGAGAUAAUCAAAGAAAUCAAUGUAAUAAUCAGAAUGGGGAGACAUUCGACAAAUAUCAGAGUAGUCUUACAUAUCACAUCACUGCCUCGUGUGCCGAAGAUACACCCAAUUACCUUGUAUUCCAAAAAAUGGAAGCCAUUGUAGAAAAAAUGUCAGAUGAAGUAUCAGGUGUUCCAGUGAAAACAGUGAAGAGCUUUAUGACAAAAACACCUUCAGUUUUUACGGGUACAGAUUUAAUAUCAUGGAUGAUGAAGACUAUGACUAUAGAUGACCAAGAAGCUCUUCACAUGGCACAUCUUAUGGCAUCCCACGGAUAUUUUUUUCCUAUCGACGACCACUGCCUUACUGUUAGAAACGAUAAUACGUUUUACAGAUUUCAAACACCAUAUUUUUGGCCAUCAAAUUGUUGGAAACCAGAAAAUACAGAUUAUGCUGUUUAUUUAUGCAAGAGAACAAUGCAGAAUAAAACACGUUUAGAAUUAGCAGAUUACGAGGCUGAGAAUUUGGCCAAAUUACAAAAGAUAUUUUCACGAAAAUGGGAGUUCAUUUUUAUGCAGGCAGAAGCACAAAGUAAAGUUGACAAAAAGAGAGAUAAACUGGAACGCAAAGUGUUGGACAGUCAAGAAAGGGCUUUUUGGGAUGUAUAUAGACCAAUGCCUGGAUGUGUGAAUACUACAGAAUUAGAUACUAAAAAAGCAUGUCGUAGUUGUAAAUCAACUCCAGAAUCAAGUUCACAUUUACGACUAAAGCCUGGUGGUAGAGCACCGCAAACAGGAUCAAAAGAGACACCGUCAGUGGAAGCAUUGCGUAAAGAGAUUGCAGAAUUAAACAGUAUACUAGAUCGACCAAAUACAAAAGUAUCAAAAGUGUCAGAGGCUCUCAUUGGAUAUUUUGAGCAAUAUGUAGAGUAUGAUCCCUUUUUUACACAACCUGAAUUCACAAACCCAUGGGUAUCAGAUAAUCCUGAAAUGUGGGAACAAGAAAGAUUAGCGAAAGAAGUAUCAACAAGAAGAGUAAAACGAUGGGCUUUCAGCCUUCAAGAACUGUUACAAGACCCUGUUGGUAGAGACCAGCUCACAAGGUUUCUAGAUAAGGAAUUCAGUGGAGAAAAUUUGAAAUUUUGGGAAGCUGUUCAAGAAUUGAAAACUUUACCCCAGAAAGAAAUUCAAACUAAAAUAAAUGAAAUUUGGAAUGAAUACUUGGGCCCAGACGCUAGUUGUCCAAUUAACGUCGAUUCUCAAUCUUAUGAGAUAACGAAGAAGAAUUUGCAGAAGCCUGAUCGAUGGUGCUUCGACGUAGCAGCGGCGCAUGUUUAUCACCUGAUGAAAAGCGAUAGUUAUUCGAGAUAUCUACGGUCGGAAAUGUAUAAGGACUUUCUCAAUGGCUCGAAGAAAAAGACUUCCGUGAAAGGUAUUCGUUCUAUCGUGUCAUUCAGCGGAAGAAGAGACACAGCCACCUCCUAAUCAGUACAAUAUCAAUUAUUUGGGUGUAGGAGUAAUUCCAAAUCUUAAACUGUAUUUCCGUUGUUAGAAAGGAUGGAGAAGGAACAUUGUUUAUUUAAUAACUGUAAGAUUUACGCAUCACUCUGCAGAAGUAAGUACAUUGAUAUUAUUUAUGUGAACAAAGCACAAUUGUCUAUUUUAAUGUAACGUUUGUUACUAAUUCUUUUAUCAUGGGAGAUUCAAAGAUAUUUUGAACAUUUCAGUGAGACGUUUACAAAUAAAUUUGUUCUACUGUACAUAGAAUAAUUAUGUGAGAAAAGUGAUAAUGAGAAUUAUAUAAAAUCUUAUUUUAAAUAUACACUUUUAAAUUACAUACCAUUGUGAUGUUUGCUUGUUUAAGUUGUGAUUGGUUCAAACAAUAUGUAUCUGUCGACUAAAAAUAAACAGAGCAAUUACAAGGUA